UGAGCCUGGGCCAAGAAUUGCAUACAGCUGUAUCAUUCCUAUCUGCCGAAUACCUCCCCUUUCUCGAAGAUCUGUUUCUCGUAAUUAAUAACAAUGGCUCCGUACAAUGCGCGCUGGGGUAUUAUGGCUACCGGCUGGAUCGCCGAAGUCUUCACCAAAGACCUUCUAAUCGACUCUUCUCUCCGCGACGCCUCUGAUAUCAAACACACCGUAACAGCCGUCGCGUCUUCAUCUUCCAAAUCCCGCGCCGAGAAUUUCAUUGCCGAUCUCAACAUCCCUUCCCCUGUCGCUGCAUACGGCUCAUACGAAGAGCUCGUCUCCGACCCCAAUGUCGAUAUCGUCUAUGUCGCCACGCCUCACUCGCACCAUUUCCAAAAUACCAUGCUAGCCCUUAACGCCGGAAAGCACGUCCUAUGCGAGAAGGCGUUCACGGUGAAUGCGGCGCAGGCGAAGAUCCUCGUCGAGACGGCGAAGCAAAAGGGACUGUUUUUGAUGGAGGCUGUGUGGACGAGGUUCUUCCCGUUGAGUGUGCAGAUUAGGGAGAUUAUCAAGAACGGGGGGGUCGGAGAGGUUUUGAGAGUCGUUGCGGAUAAUAGUUUCGGGGAUGAUGUUGAGAGUAAAUGGGGGACGAAGCAUCGGAUGGUCAAUAUGGAUUUGGCUGGUGGUGCGCUUUUGGAUCUGGGAAUAUACUCCCUCACCUGGGUCUUUCAAACCCUAUACCACACACUUCCACGCGAGCAGCGCAAACCACCCUCCAAAAUCUCUGCGCACUUGACUCCCUACCAUCUCACCGGUGCCGAUGAAGCGACUACCAUCCUGCUCUCUUUCCCAACUACUACUCCCUCCAACAGCCCUACGCCAGGCCAAUCCCAAGCCGUGGCCAUGACGCAUCUCCGCAUCGCCUCUGAUCCAGAUGAGAAGAACUCCGCACGUCCUGCGAUCCGAAUCCAGGGCACGAAGGGAGAGAUUCAAGUCGACGGACCAGCUUUCCGUCCUCAGCGAUAUAGGGUUAUUUCCAAGAAGCCCGAGAACGGUGAAGCUCCGCCGGUGAAGGAGGUCGAGUGUCCCUUUCCUGGAAAUGGAAAGGGGAUGUAUUGGGAAGCAGACGAGGUGGCUCGGUGCGUGAGGGAUAAGAAGUUGGAGAGCGAGGGUAUGCCGUGGGAGGAGAGUAUUGCUAUUAUGGAGGUUAUGGAUGAGGUUCGUAAGCAGGGUGGAAUGACUUAUCCGGAGAAGAUCGAGUCGACGGUCUAUCCUACGCCGCUGUAGAGUGGGGUUGUGUUUACGAUUUUUUUUUUUUUUUUUCGUGGUCGGUUUUGAGACUAUGGUAGUUACUACUGACUUGUAAAUGAAAUGACGAUGUUGAUAGAAAAUGGGAUAUAACCAAGUAUUAAAUUAUGGGGGUUUUAUGCGAGAAUAAAGUUGAUCAUCUGAUAG